CGGAAGAGUCUCUGUGGAGGAGAGAGAGGGAGAGAGAGCGGAGGAGUCCAUCUGUGAAGGUAAUUCCACAUAUCCUUCAUAUUCUUCUCUGUGAUCCAGUUCUGCUUCCUCACCCCUGGUUGAUCAGGUGAGCGAUGCGCGACCAAGGAUGGGGCAGUCCCUGUGUAUCUGCUCUCGCAGUUCCAUCACCAUCGACAACAAGAGAUACUACUUCAUCCAGAAACUCGAUGAGGGAGGCUUUAGCUACGUGGACCUGGUGGAGGGCGCCCAGGACGGCCGCUUCUACGCUCUGAAAAGGAUCCUGUGCCAUGACCGCGAGGGGCGACGGGAGGCGCAGACGGAGGUGGAGAUGCACCGGCUCUUCAACCACCCCAACAUCCUUAGCUUGACCGGCCACGCCUUCACGGAGCGCAGCGGCAAGAGCGAGGCCUGGCUCCUUCUGCCCUACAUCAGCAAAGGAAGUCUCUGGUCUGUUCUGGAGAAGCUGAGGGACAAAGGCAGCUCCAUGCCAGAGAGCCGCAUUCUGCACAUUUUGCGUGGCAUCUGUGAGGGUCUCAAAGUGAUACAUGACCAGGGCUACGCUCACAGGGACCUAAAGCCCACCAAUGUCCUCCUGGAGGAGAACGACAGGCCUGUGCUGAUGGACCUGGGCUCCAUGAACAAGGCCCGUAUUGAAGUGAGAGGCUCGCGAGAGGCCAUGACGAUACAGGACUGGGCAGCUCAAAGGUGUACGAUCUCAUACAGAGCUCCAGAGCUUUUUAACGUGGAGAGCCACUGUAUCAUUGAUGAAAAGACAGAUAUUUGGUCAUUAGGCUGUGUGCUGUACUGUAUGAUGAUGCUGGAAGGACCGUAUGAUCUGAUCUUCCAGAAGGGGGACAGCGUGGCGCUGGCUGUCCAGAACCCAGUGGCCAUUCCACAACCAUGCAAUUACUCCGAAGGACUGCAGAACCUCCUCAGUUCCAUCAUGGUGACCAACCCUCAGGAACGGCCCGACAUCAGCUGGGUACUCGACCAGGUCAAGAGCCUGCAGGGCUCGGACGGCGGCGCCGUGGACACCAACAGGGUAUGAUGGUCGCGCCGAGGGAGCGGUGCGACUCCCUUUGUCUCUUCCUCUGGACAGGAGAUUUAAUCUGGACUAUGCACUCUCUCGCUCUUUUUCGGGUUCACCUGCCAAAGGGACCCGUGGCCUCGCAAACAUUCACCUACAUUUACCUCAGUGGACUCAUGGGUAACAUAGGACAGACACGCAUAUCCGUCAUAAUACAUAUAAGACACAAAGGACAUUUCUUGAGUUCUGACCACGACAGAGAUUCUGGACGGUCUCACAAUACUUUGGAUCUUGGGUUAGAUAGUAUAGUUUGUCCAUCCACUUCAACUCAAGCAUUCAGCAGCGACAGCUUCCAAUGGGAGCACUUUGCAGAGCCCAAGAUUGUCACGGUCGCACAGUAUGACUGUCCACGUCUUUAGUGAUGUACUACCUACCAUAGAGAUUAUAAGAAACCUUUACAAAGAAGCAGAAAGGAGUUGCGGUCAGUCUGUAAACAUGAGUUGGGAGAGUAACAGAGGAAGUUUCAUGUCCAUGUUGUCUGAGACAGACAAACUGUUUGAGUGUGUGUGUGUGUGUGUGUGUGUGUGUGUGUGUGUGUGUGUGUGUGUGGCGUGUGUGUGUGUGUGUGUGUGCGUGUG